AUGCCACAUUCAACCGCCAACCAUCCGUUCUUUGAAAGACACCCGCGCUCACAUGUACACUUCCACCUAAUUGCACGCACAUUAGACCGUCCUUUCCCCAUGGACCACUAUCUUCCAGCUUGUCUGAUUAGGUCAGGUCAGGUCAGGUCGCAGCAACUCGAGCACGACACACCCAUACGGCUCGCGAAUUCCACAAUCAACCGGCCAACCACCAUCCAUCGGAGCCCAGUUCUUGACCCCAACCGACAUCCAUCUUGCCUGUUCCUGUCCUUGCAGGCUUUCCGAUUCGCAAGCCAACCACAUUGCCCAGGCGCCAUGGCGAAAGCUUACCCACAUCACCCUGCCCGCCCCUGCGAUUGUUCUUCCCGAGUCCUCCUUGUUGCGCUGCGUUUCCAGAAAAAGCCCCGAUAGCUCUGCCUCCCGAGACUCAAGGGUCCUGCCGGCAACUCAAGGCGCUUAACUGCGAUCCGCGAUGACUCCAGACUGCCCAGUCCCGCUUGCAUUUGCCCAGCUCUUUGCCGAGCAGCAAUGCGCAUCCGAAGGGAGGCUGUG